AUGAUUUCCAGAGACAGAUACCAUAAGGAGUUGAAUGGAGUUUCAGAUGUCCUCUAUUUCAUUCAUGAUUACUGCGCCAAAGCAGCUGAUAAGAACACUUUCAUUCAGGGUAAUGCCAAGUUAGCAAAGAAGCAUGGUAUUAAGAAGCAUGUAGCUGUUUGCCCAGUUGAGUAUGAACUUUACUAACUGAAGAUGAUAAACUACAACUACAAUUGCAAGCUGAGACUCUGCAAUUAGCAUUACAAUCAAAUCCUAACUUGA